CUGGAUAACGAGAGGUUAACAGCGGAGGAGAUGGAUGAAAGACGCCGCCAGAAUGUGGCCUACGAAUACCUUUGUCAUCUGGAGGAAGCAAAGAGGUGGAUGGAGGCGUGUCUGAAUGAGGAGCUACCUCCCACAACAGAGCUGGAAGAAGGAUUGAGAAACGGAGUCUACCUGGCCAAACUUGGGAACUUCUUCUCCCCUAAAGUGGUUUCUGUGAAGAAAAUCUAUGAUAGAGAACAGACUAGAUAUAAGGCAACUGGUCUCCACUUCCGCCACACAGAUAAUGUAAUCCAGUGGCUGAAUGCCAUGGCUGAGAUUGGCCUCCCCAAGAUAUUCUACCCAGAAACUACAGACAUCUAUGACCGCAAGAACAUGCCACGCUGUAUCUAUUGUAUUCAUGCACUCAGCCUGUACCUGUUCAAACUGGGUCUUGCCCCCCAGAUCCAGGAUUUAUAUGGGAAGGUGGACUUCACAGAGGAGGAAAUCAGCAAUAUGAGGCUUGAGCUGGAGAAGUACGGUAUUCAGAUGCCUGCCUUCAGCAAGAUUGGAGGGAUCCUCGCGAACGAACUCUCCGUGGAUGAAGCAGCACUACAUGCUGCUGUCAUUGCCAUUAAUGAAGCAAUCGACCGCCAGGUUCCAGCCGACACUCUCGUGGCAAUGAAGAACCCUAAUGCCAUGCUAAUAAACCUUGAUGAUCAACUGGAAUCCACUUACCAGGACACACUCUACAGAGCAAAGCAAGAUAAGAUGGAGAAUGCAAAAAAUAGGAUUGCCUCAGAAAAUACAGAGAGAGAGAGAGAUGUGUACGAAGAACUUCUGACUCAAGCGGAGAUUCAGGGAAACGUCAAUAAAGUGAAUGCACACACAGCCAUAGUGAAGAUCGACCUGGCUCUGGAACAAGGAGACGCGUUAGCACUGUACGAAGCUUUGGCAACACCAGCCCUGGGACUCCGAGGAGUGCUACGAGAAAAUUGCGACUGGUAUUUCAAGCAGUUUUUGAGUGAUAGACAACAGAAACGGGAGGCUGGCCUCCCAGGCCCCCUGCAGAAGGAGGAGUUGCAGUUGGGAGUGGAUGCUGCUAACAGGGCAGCGCAACAGUAUCAGCAAAGGCUGGCAGCAGUAGCCAGAAUUAAUUCUGCAGUUCGAAUGGGUGAUGCUGAGAAGACCGUGGCAGAAAUGAUGAAUCCAGAGGCCCAGUUACCAGAGGUUUAUGUGUUUGCUGCAGAUCUUUACCAGCGGGAGCUGGCCACGCUGCAGCAACAGAGCCCUGAAGGUAACCUCACCCACCCAGAACUGUCUGUUGCUGUAGAGAUGCUCUCUUCUGUGGCCCUGAUUAACAGGGCUUUGGAUUCAGGGGAUGUGAACACAGUGUGGAAGCAACUGAGCAGUCCUGUCACAGGGCUCACGAACAUUGAGGAUGAGAACUCCCAGAGAUACAUUGAUGAGUUGAUGAAGCUCAAGGCUCAAAUGCGUGCGGAAGGAAAUGAAUUUAUCACGUGGAACGAUAUCCAGUCGUGUGUUGACCAUGUAAACAUAGUAGUGCAUGAAGAACAUGAAAGAAUUUUGGCAAUUGGUCUUAUCAACGAAGCUCUGGAUGAAGGGGACACCAAAAAGACCAUUCAAGCCUUACAGAUUCCUGCAGCAAAAUUGGAGGGUGUUGCCCCAAAGGUAGCACAGCAUUACCAGGAUACACUGCUUCGAGCCAAGAGAGAGAAAGCCCAG